AUGGCACCAUUGUCUGUUGACGAUCGCGCCAAUGCCUAUACCAACUCAGCUGAUCGUCCAACCGGUGUUAGUGCAUGGGUUAUUGAGGAUGGCAUGCCAGUGAUUCCGGCUGGUGAGAUGUUCUGCAGAUAUGCAGAUGACGAGGGUGUUAUGUGCUCUGUUACACAUAAGUAUGAAAGCACCAAUGCCUUGCGGGCACAUGUUCGUCGCGAUAUUGAAAAUGGUGGUCAUGGCAUUAAGGUCAAGGAUGGAGUUAAGGGCCGAAUGAAGAACUCUGAUCGCCACACCUCGAAGUUGGCUUUUGCUGGUGCUUACGAUGCUGUUAUGGCCAAUGCUGCUCGUUUGCAAACCCAUUUUGAGGAAAUGGCAGCUCAGACUACCCCCAAAAAGGCUACUACUACUGCAGGCAAGAAGGUUGUUGGUCAGGCUUCUAAGACUCUUAUUGCUCGGGAUGCAUCCGCUGCUCGCCAGCAGGUUCAAAACCUGGCCACUCAGCUACUUGAAUGCCCUGUUCGAAUGGUUGGCAAGAAGGGUGAGCGUGGUCGUCAAGCUGUUCCAAAUGCUGCUGCUAUGCGCAAGCUGCUUAACCGUACUACUGCAAAGUGUGCUGGUUGCAAAGGAAGCGGUGAGAAGUGUCCUGAUGUUACUAAACAGAAUUGGGCUUCGUCUGGUUGUGAGAUCCUGGCUGCUUUUGAGAUGCCGGAUGAUGAAUCUGAUGGGUCUGAUGAUGAUGAUGAAUAG